AUGUCCAAAUUCUGCAUUGUUGAAUUUGAUGGAUCUUCCAAAGGAAAUCCUGGAAAAGGAGGUGCUGGAGCAGUGAUACGCAAUUCCAUGGGAGAUGUGGUUGGUCGCGUGAACACGCCUUUAGGUUUUACUACCAAUAAUGCUGCAGAAUAUGAGGGCUUAUCUUUAGGAAUUCAGGAAGCUACUAAAAUGGGAUAUACACAGAUUCAAGCAAGGGGUGAUUCAAAGCUUGUUUGUAAGCAGAUUGAUGGAAGUUGGGCAGUUCGAAGCAGAAACUUGUAUGAACCUAACAAAAGGGUUAAUGAUCAGAUCAGAGGGCUGGACAAAUUUGAUAUUUACCAUGUUCCAAGUGAGUACAACACUGAAGCUGAUGCAGAAGCUAACAAGGCCGCCAACUUUUGA